UCAUUCCAAAAUCAUACAAACAAGGUUUGUUUUGUACGUGUUCGAUGGCGUCUCGAAACGGUGUCGUGUUCGAAGAUUUCUUCCCGGCCAUGGUUGAGAAAUUGGGUGCCGAAGGUUUCAUGAAGGAGCUGUGCAAUGGGUUCCGUUUGCUUGUGGAUGGGGACAAAGGGGUGAUCACUUUCGAGAGCUUGAAGAAGAACUCGGCAUUGCUUGGGUUGCAAGAUAUGAGCGACGAAGAGGCCAUGUGCAUGUUGAGAGAAGGUGAUUUGGAUGGGGAUGGGGCUUUGAAUGAGAUGGAGUUUUGUACACUCAUGUUUAGGUUGAGUCCUGAGUUGAUGAACAGUUCCAUGAAAUUAUUGGUUGAAGCUAUUGUCAAUUUCUAGACCCUUCGUUAAACCAGUUAUCAAUCUCAUUUAUA